AUGCAUCCCACCACCACAGAGCACGACUAUCGCUUUCCGCGAAGACCCGACCCCAGAGCCAGGACUGACGACGUCUCCAACGACUCCAGCCCCCGCGCCGGCCUUGCUGCCGCCACCUCCCCCGACGCCCUCUCCCAGACAUCGUCGUCUCGCGCGCUCGAAUUAGAAAAGUCUUUUGCCAAGCAUGACGACCUUCUCGGCGGUGCCCUCUUCCCGGCCCUCCACGAUGGCGACGACACGGGCUCCAGCCCCAGCGUCGACCAGAUGCAGUCCGACGAUCCCAUCGCCGCCCAGGUCUGGAAGUUCUUCACAAAGACCAAGCAGAAUCUCCCCAACCAGCAGCGCAUGGAAAAUAUCACAUGGCGUAUGAUGGCUCUCAGCAUGCGCAAAAAGCAGCAAGAGCAGCGCAGUCGAGAAAACAGCAUCUCACGCCCAGGCGCUCAGUCUGGCCCCAGUGGUAUUGCUCAGCUUCGCAAAUCUUCUCAGGCUAACGCCGCUGUCGCGGCGCAGAACUCGGAUCAAAUGAAUAUUGAUGAGUUCAUUUUUCCAGAGCAGGCCGGCUCACCCAGCGCAUUUGCAUCGCCUCAAAUGCCCAGCAUGGCAUCCACUGCUACUGGUGGCCAACCUUCCAGCAUUCCUAUCCAGCAACAGCCGAGAAGCGAGGGUCUCGGUAGCGCAUUUGUCCCUCAGUCCGUCCCCGAUGCCCCUCACCACCAGCAUCGUGGCAAUAGCGAGUUCAACUAUGUCCAGCGCCGCGUCCGCAAGACUAGCAUAGAUGAGCGCCAGACGAGAAAACGUCCUGCCAACUUUUCUCCCCACAUCGGCGCUGUCGGCGCGGGCUCUGCUAGCCAUGAACUCGACAACGAUGGAGACAUUCACGGGUACUCGCUUGACGGCCACAGCCACAUGAAUGUGUCUCAGCAGCUACCCAUCGACCAGUUUGGCCUCGACUUCAUGCCCAACGACAACAUGAUGAACAACUCGCAGUUUCAGCAAAAUUUUGGCUUCUCGCCCUCCACGUCGCCCAUGGUCUCCAACGGACCCCUCUCUUCCUUCAACAACUCCAUGGCACCAUCCUCGCUCAACACCACCGACUUUUACUCGCCUCCAGCCUCCGGCUACCCUUCGGCUGUUUCGACCCCGCACGGCAUGGGCGACAAAGACAACUUUUCUUUCAGCCCAGAUGUGCGCCAGCACGGCCAGGGCUUUCAGCAGCAGAACAUGAACCAGCAGUUCAUGUACAACGACCCCAACGGCAACCCCAUAUAUGGCUCCAUGGGACAGGGCCAGUCCUACAACCAGAUGGACCACUCGCAAGGCAUGCACCCCGAUAGUGGUCUCGUGUCGCCCAGCAUUCCCAUGAACCAAGAUGGCAUGUUCUCUUUCGGUGGUGACUCGGACGAGGAUGACGGAAAUAAUGGCAUGAACAACAUGCACGGCGACUUCACCUCUGCUGUUGACGAGGUAGGCUCCCUGGGAUGGGAUGCGUCGCUACCAGGCCAGUUCAGCACGCACUCUGCACGAUACCCCGGUGGCCCCCCGCGCAAGCAAGUCACCAUUGGAGGCACUACCACAGACUAUGUGGAGUCCAACAAUGACGACGGCCCCGGCGGACUGGGUAGGUCGCAAUCGUUCAAAUCAUCCGGUGCGCGACAGCCCAAGCUGCCACGAACAGCUUCUACACCUUCCCACAUGGCCUCCAAGCACAACGGCUUCGAGCAGAUCGCACAGUCGUUGCCCAACUCGCCGCAUGGCGAAGUCGCUGGUAACAUGUCUGGCUUCUCCUCCGUGGCCCCCAGCCGGCCCUCCUCCCCACCACCAUCAAAGCCCGGCUCGACCACUAACCUGCAAGCCGCCGCCGGCAACCAAACCGAGGGCGGUAACCCCACGACUUGCACAAACUGUUUCACGCAGACGACCCCGCUGUGGCGACGAAACCCCGAAGGCCAGCCGCUGUGCAACGCCUGCGGUCUGUUUUUGAAGCUUCACGGCGUCGUUCGACCUCUCAGUCUCAAGACGGACGUCAUCAAGAAGCGCAACCGUGGCUCUGGUAACAAUGCCGGCGGCCGUGGCAAGAAGGGCUCAGGAUCUGCUACCGCAUCGCGAAAGAACUCCUCCCUCUCGAUUGCCAACUCGGCGCCCUCUGGCCAGCAGACACCAACAAACGCCACUGGCCAACGUCCCGGUACAAGUCACAAGGAAGAUAGCCCCGUGUCUGCCGGUGGCCAAUUUGGACAGGCAGCUGCCGGCAAAGGUGUUGUGCCAAUUGCCGCCGCUCCGCCAAAGUCGUCGCCCGGCCCAGGGGCGUCGGCGUCGGCCAUAGCCAUGGCUCGCCCUUCCACCAAUGCCUCUUCGAAACGACAGCGCAGACACAGCAAGAGCGAAGGCACGAACGGCUCGGCCAUGGAUAUCGACGGCGGCUUCCCGAGCAACCACGACGGCACCAGGUCCCUUGGUACAACGCCUAGCAUGCCGUCCAUCUCGUCCACCAUGAUGUCGGCCGGCUACGGCAUGUCGCAGCGUCCUCUGAUGGCCGCGCCGGGACCCAUGGGUCACCAGCCCAACGCUGGCAUGAACCCUAAUGGCAACCCCGCCGGUCCGCAGGAAUGGGAGUGGCUCACAAUGAGUCUGUAA